GCAGUAUCGCUUCCGAAGUGGUUCAGGUGUCUCGUCAGAAUGGCUUCUAUCUGGAACUGCUGUUUGUUGCUUUUGGUAGCUGUAUCUAUCAAAGCUCAGUAUCAAGGACCUUCUUACGAUGAACCAAAGCAACAAUAUCAACCUCAACCACAGCAGUACCGGGAACCAGCAAAUUACGCUGGUCAAGAGCCACGACGACCACUUCCUGCAAUCAUUAUGCACAAACAAGCACUGACACAAGAUGGGGCUUUUAACUUUGCCUUUGCUGCUGACAAUGGACUUCAGCAAGGAGAAACAAUUAAUCCUGAUGGUAGCAGAACUGGGUCUUAUUCUUAUGUGGACCCACAUGGAAAAACAAUUAAGGUCAAAUACUCUGCUGGUAAAGAUGGCUUUAGAGUGUUGGAAGGAGAUCAUUUGCCGAGAGCUCCUCAACCAUCUCCACAAGCUGCUGAACCUGCACCUGCUCCAGCACAAUACAACCACCCUCAACCUUCGGGUCCUAGAUAUUCUGCUCAACCUCCCUUUAGAGCAGGCCCUAGUGUAGCUGGGGCAUACAGAGUAAAUGGUGGCUAUGAAACUCCUAACUUGGGAACUACUGCAAUUUUUGGAGGCCCUACUCCUCAGCCGAAACCAAUCUACCAAGUAAGAGAAGAUCAUGAACCUUCUCUCUUCCGAGCAAGUUCGCCCGCCCAAAUUCCUGCAAGCUAUCAGCAACCAAGACCACGACCUGCUCCAUCUCGUGAAGUUGACUACAACGAAGAGAAAAACAAUGAGCCUCAUUCUUUUGGAAGCGGUUAUUCCUUCGAAUUCAGCGGCUAAAUUUCUAAUCUACAAACAUAUCUAGGCUGAACAAAUUACUUCCUGUUACCUUUUCAUACUAUGUUAAUUUUUGAAUAAACUUGUUACUUAAAAAAUCUUUACCUGAAACUGCAAGCUCUUGAAUCAC